GGAUAAUCCAAGUCCAAUAAACAGGUAGAGGGGUUCACGCUGGCGCGCACCAAAAAGAUAAGAAGAAGAAGAGAGGAGUGGCCGCUUGAUUGAUUGAUUCAAAAAACAAAAAAUGAUGUCUCCAUCUUCAUUCACUACAACGUUAAUCCCUUCUCUUACGAUCUCAACUUCUCCUUCAUUUCCUUGUAAAACAACAAAGCUCUCGACUUCUUGUUUUUCUUUUAACAACAAUGUCUCGAAGACUACCCUUAAACCCUCCUCCCUUUCAACGUGUGGAGCUUUUGCUGCUCCUGAAGCUUUGGAUUCUCAAACCACUCUAGACCCACUUCCAGAUAUCCUUGACGGACCUGACUCUGAUACCUUUCAGGUUGGAGAUUCGGAGACUCCCAGUCAUCAAUCUGUCAGCAUUGCUGCAGAUGCAGACAUGAUGGCACCGAAGCAGAAAAUUAGAAUCAAACUAAGAUCUUUUUGGGUCAAAUUGAUCGAGGACUCCUGCAAGCAGAUAAUGGAUGCUGCAAGGACCACCAAUGCAAAGACCAUGGGUCCUGUGCCAUUACCAACCAAGAAGCGUGUAUACUGUGUUCUUAAAUCCCCCCAUGUGCACAAGGAUGCAAGGUUCCAUUUUGAGAUUCGAACCCAUCAACGUCUUAUAGAUAUUCUGUUCCCAACUGCACAAACAAUAGAUUCAUUGAUGCAACUUGACCUUCCUGCUGGAGUUGAUGUGGAGGUCAAGCUCUGAAGUUAGUGAAUCUGCAGUUAGUUCCUGAUGUGUAUGAAAUGAACAUUGUUGUACGAGGUUCUGGAUUUCUUCCUAGAAGACUAGGCUAAGAAAAGUUGAUGUUUCAUUCAAGCCAGUGGAAGGUGUUUGCAUGAACAAGAUUGUGAAGAUUGUUUGUCCAUCCAUCAGUUUCUUUUACCCCUUUCCCUUCUGGUGGUUGAUUUUGCAAGCAAUAUCAUGCAUGACAAGUCACCAGUGCUGGCUAGAUAUUGGUAGUGAAAUGUAGGUGUAUAGAGCUUUUCUGUCUGUUUUUUAGGUUCUGAUUUAUGUUUUCAUUUAUUCAAACUUAACAGCUAAUGAAUAAAUCAACCUCAAUUUAUUUCCCUUUCUAAUUCAAGCUCUCUUUUGUC